CACAAAUUACUUCCCUUCAAGUUUUAUCAGCAUUGAAGUCAAAUUGUACAAAGACACAUAGAUGCGGCACAAAAACAAGUGAGGAAACAACUCCUCAAAAGAGAUUAGAGAGAGAGUUGAUUCGAUUCUCAAUCUCAUUUUAGGGUUUUACUACAUUCGAAUUUGAAGAAGAAAUCAAUAAACGACGAAUACAUGGAAAACAGUAACUCGGAGCAGACAGUGCAAGAUGGCAAACUCUACAGACACCUCAAUUCUCUAAUCGUCGCUCAUCUUCGUCACAACAAUCUCAUUCAGGCUGCAAGUUCUGUUGCUUCAGCAACAAUGACACCUCUGAAUGUGGAAGCUCCACCCAACAGGCUUCUUGAAUUGCUUUCUAAGGGUCUUGCAGCGGAAAAGGAUGACGUUUCAAGAGGGACUUCAUCUUCUCCUUUUCAUGAUUUGGGUGGAUCAUUGCCUUUGCCUCGUCCCAGUGCAACAGUCAUUGAUUUCAGCUCUUUGCCAGAUUUAAAAGGUCCGUCAAAAAGUUUCCCAAAGCACGAGACAAGACACCUUUCGGAACACAAGAAUGUUGCCAGAUGUGCUAGGUUUAGUCCUGAUGGAAGGUUUGUUGCCACUGGAAGUGCAGAUACAUCAAUAAAGCUAUUUGAGGUUUCAAAGAUCAAGCAGAUGUUGCUCCCAGAUGCAAAGGAUGGUCCUGUGCGGUCGGUUGUAAAAACAUAUUAUGACCAUAUACAACCAGUGAAUGAUCUGGAUUUUCAUCCGCAAGGUACUAUCCUGGUUUCUGGAGCCAAAGAUCAGUCAAUAAAGUUUUUUGAUAUUUCAAAAGCCAAUGCCAAGAGAUCAUACAGGGUUAUCCAGGACACGCACAAUGUUCGUUCUGUAUCUUUUCACCCCUCAGGAAACUUUCUUUUGGCAGGCACUGAUCAUGCAAUUCCACAUUUGUAUGAUAUAAAUACCUUUCAGUGUUAUCUGUCAGCAAAUGUCCCAGAUGUUAACCCUAAUGGAGCCAUCAACCAGGUUAGAUAUUCUUGUACAGGUUCCAUGUAUGUUACAGCAUCUAAAGAUGGUGCUAUUCGAUUGUGGGAUGGCAUCACUGCCAAUUGUGUGCGCUCAAUAACUGCAGCACAUGGAACAGUAGAGGCUACCAGUGCAAUUUUUACAAAAGAUCAAAGGUUUGUCCUCUCCUGCGGGAAGGACUCUACCAUAAAGCUUUGGGAGGUUGGCUCUGGAAGAUUAGUCAAACAGUAUCUUGGUGCCAUGCAUACACAACUAAGAUGCCAGGCUAUUUUCAAUGAGACAGAAGAAUUUAUUCUAUCCAUAGAUGAACUGAACAAUGAGAUCGUUAUCUGGGAUGCAAUGACAACAGAAAAAGUAGCAAAAUGGCCUUCGAAUCAUGUUGGUGCACCACGCUGGCUUGAACACUCACCAGUAGAGUCUGCUUUUAUUUCAUGUGGAACUGAUAGAUCAAUUCGGUUCUGGAAAGAAACUACAUAAAGUGGAAGGAGGUUUAAUGCAUAUAAAGUAUUUUAAGAGACCACUGAAUAAAGUUUAUCAGAAAAUCUCUCUCUCCCUCUCAAUAUUUCUGGCACUAUUUUACCCUGCAGAAUUAGUUAAUGAAUUCACCGCAUAAAUGGUAGAAUUAUGUUAGUUUCUGCUGAUGUGGGGCGCUUAGUUUUUGAAGUACAUGAUAAAAACUGAUGAAUGUAUAUUGUUGGCAGGUCUAUUUUGCAUUGCCUAUUUUUGAGUAAAUGGUCAGAUUAGUUCUUAAAACUGUAAUUUAUCAGUCAAAUGUAUUGUCAUGUUAUGUAGUUCAGGGAUUAUUUGAUUAAUGGAAUAUGCAUUCAGGAUUAAUUUGACAAAUAUAAUCAAAGAGUCAAAUGUAUUGUCAUGUUAUGUAGUUCAGGGAUUAUUUGAUUAAUGGAAUAUGCAUUCAGGAUUAA